UACCGUAUGUAGGGGCUUAAUCUGUCACACCGAAAUUCCCAAAGGCGGCGAUAUUCUCAAAACCCUAAGCGUAUCCCCAAAUGCCUAAAACCCCUCUCUAUCUACACAAAAAGUAGCAGCAGAAAUUAUUACAGUGAAAUCGAAGCAAGAAGACAAAGAAGAUGAAAUUAAAGGGAUAAGGAAAUGCAGAAGCUUUUACGCCUAAACCCUAGCGCAGGAUUCUGCUCUUCACCCCACAUAUUUACCCCUCCACUUGCCCUUAUCCCCUCAGGGUUUAAUUUCCCUUCUCUGAGGUUUAACCCAACUUCAAUUACUCCAUCAAUGCCCACCGCCGCCGGCAUGUCCGCCGCCAUAGCCUGCAGAAACCCUUUUGCCACUAGUAACACGUGCUCAAAUUCCCCUCGUUUGGCUUUCAAUUCCCGCAAUUGCAGGUGCUCUGUAAAUGUUGUUCAGUCUAGGGCAUGGGUCGGGUUGAAGGAGAAUCGAAGUGUGGCUUGGUUUUGUACUGAUAAGGGGGUUUCGGUUUCCGCUAUGAGUUCUGAAUCUAAUAGUGAGGAUAGUGAUGAGAAACCUGUGAAGUUUAGCAGGAGAAACAGGGGUUCUGUGGGUAGUGGUAAUGCUCCGCCGUUGCUUGCCGGAAACCCGGAUUUGUUGACGAUUCCGGGGGUGGGUCCCAGGAAUUUAAGGAAGUUGGUGGAGAAUGGAAUUGGGGGUGUUGCUGAGCUUAAGAAAAUUUACAAGGACAAGUUUUUCGGGAAGUCAAAUCAAAAGAUGGUGGAGUUUUUACGAAGCUCUGUUGGCAUCAUACACAGAAACCAUGCCGAAAGUAUAACCACAUUCAUUAAAGAGAGUGUGGAUGAAGAGCUAAAAGGUGACAGCGUGAACACCGUACAGCCAAAGAAACGGCUUACUUUCUGUGUAGAAGGAAAUAUAAGUGUGGGAAAAACAACUUUUUUGCAAAGAAUUGCUAAUGAAACUCUUGAGCUUCAGGAUCUCGUUGAGAUUGUUCCCGAACCCAUCGACAAGUGGCAAGAUAUCGGGCCUGAUCACUUUAACAUAUUAGAUGCUUUUUAUGCUGAGCCGCAAAGGUAUGCCUACACGUUCCAGAACUAUGUGUUUGUUACAAGAGUUAUGCAGGAGAAGGAAUCGUCGAGUGGAAUUAAGCCCCUCAGAUUGAUGGAGAGAAGCGUUUUCAGUGAUAGGAUGGUUUUUGUGAGGGCUGUGCACGAAGCUAACUGGAUGAACGAAAUGGAAAUCAGCAUCUAUGACUCAUGGUUUGACCCGGUUGUUUCUUCUCUUCCGGGCCUUAUUCCAGAUGCUUUUAUCUAUCUACGGGCCAGCCCAGAUACUUGUCAUAAACGAAUGAUGCUUAGAAAGAGAGCAGAGGAAGGUGGGGUCAGCCUAGAAUAUCUUCGUGAUUUGCAUGAAAAACAUGAAAGCUGGCUUUUUCCAUUCGAAAGUGGAAAUCAUGGAACUUUGUCUGUUAGUAAUCUUCCUGCUCACAUGGAUAGUUCUUUGCACCCUGAUAUAAAAUCGCGUGUCUUUUAUUUGGAGGGAAAUCAUAUGCAUUCGAGUAUCCAGAAGGUGCCUGCUUUGGUUCUUGACUGCGAGCCUAACAUCGAUUUUAGCAAGGAUAUUGAAGCUAAACAACAGUAUGCUCGACAAGUGGCUGAGUUUUUCGAGUACGUGAAGAAGGUGAAAGAAGUUCCUGCUAAAGGUGAUGAAGGGAGCGGCGGCAACAAAGGUAGGCAAUCACAGGUGCUGCUGCCACAUGGAGGAUUAUGGGUCCCACCACAGGGGGAAAACAUCUCAGAGUCUCUCAAGUCACUGGAUUUCAGACGGGCCAUGUCCUUCAUGCCUGGAUCUGGCCCUGGGUAGUGGCUUGUUGGUCUGCAAGCCUGUGUUUUGCUUGUAUAAAGAAAUUUUAAUCUUUCUGUCACACACACACACGCUGCGUGGUUGUAGGACUGAACUGAAUUUAAUGUAGGAUGCUUGUAGUUUUGUGCAAAUUUCAAUGAAGGGUUUGUAAGUUUGUUAUCUAAA